AGGGGGCGUCUUCGGGCGUCCCGGAGAGACCUGGGGGUGUCCAGAGGGCCUGGAUCGAGCCUCGGGCCUGCCCUCCAUCAUAUAGCUGACCUAGGUCGUGUCGUAGGUGUUGUAGAUCGUUUUUAUGGGGUGACUGGAGGGUAGGGUCUGUUCAGAAGGUUUUGGGGCCAUAUUGAGGUUUUGAGCUAUGUCCCAGGAGAGAAGGAGGUGUGCAUUCUCUGUGGAGUAUCUUCAGAGCCACCUAGAGCCCCUGGGGGUAUGUCUGUUAGGGCUGCGAAGUGUCUCCAUGGGCUGGCCUGAGGCUGCGACUAAGCCACCUAGAUGUGGUGCCAUUUAUUGGUCUAGAAGAACUUAUCACAGGGCUAAUCAGAAACCCCUUUAAAGGGCCACGUUGAAGGAAUGAGAUGUGUCCACAACGGGAGGGAGGCCAAUAUCCUGAUGCACUGAGAGGCCUACAUGGGUCUCAGAGGUCUGGAAAGUGUCUGAUCUGGGUGACAGGAGGCUGGAAGCAAAUCUGAAGGUCCUGGAACCUUUGAGGUGGCUUUGAUGUGAUUGCAGGAAUUCUCUCUAUACUUGGAGUACACUCAAAUGCCUUUUGAGUCUCUAUAAGUACGUAGAGAAUAAUAUGAAAGAGAUGGUUGGAAAUUCUGCCCAGCUCAGAUGUACUUGCCCUUCAGAAAGUAAUUCAAAUGAAAAUUGCUUGGAAACAAAUGCCUUGUCCUGAAGCUAGAAUUUUUUUCAUGUAGGUCUGAGACGGUGUGUAGGGUCACCUGGACUUUGUCUAGUACUGUUCAACCUUGAUCCACAGUUAAGAAAAACGUUUUUAGUGAAACCAAUACAUGCCAAUGUGUGGAUUUAACAGAUAUUCAAGUCCCCAUGAAUUGGUAUUUCUACUUAAGCUUUGUGAAGAAUUUUCCAUUAUGUCUUAUUUAUUUACAACAGUCAUAUAGGAAACCUUUAGCUGCUCUCAGAUCCUAGACAGGGAACCAUCCAUCUAGAGGGACCUAGCAGUGUCUGUAAAGCCUUAUAAUGUCUAAAAGCUUCAAGGAGCCAACGGAAGGUCUCCCCCACAGCAGUGGGGACCUAUCUUGGUAUGCUGUUGGAGGUUGGGGACCUCCAAGUCUGUAGCCAAAAGAUAAUGAUUGAGCUUGAUUUGUGACAGUCACUGUUCCGGGGAGCAGGUGGUACUUCCCCAGAGGUGUUGGACAGCAGCCUUAGGGACGAGCGGGGUAUUGAGUAUUGAUUGAAGAGGCUGAGAUUGAUUGAUCGUCUGGGUGGAGCAGAUUUACCGGAGUUAGGCAAAAGCCUCCCAAUGUGGAGAGGUUGGAGUUCAAGUGUGUGAGUAUAGAAGCUUAGGCCCAGCUUGAUAUUCUAUGCCACGACAGAAAUGAGCUCUGAAGCCUUUUCUUAGCAGGUGUACAAGCAAGGAAUUGGGGAGACAGAUGGAAUGCAAACCAGGACACACAGAACUAAUAAGCUGGCACUGUUAACAUAUUUUGAACACCUAGGCUAUGCUAAGUAUGUGGCUUUGAAUUUUCUCGGCUAAUCUCUGAGAAUAAAUGCUGCCCUUGCCAUUUUCAAAUAAGCACACUGGGUAGUGUAGAGUUAGGGAGUAUGGACUUUCUAAGAAUUUGGAGAUUGGAUAUUGUUUUCAGAGUAGCAGAUUUAAUAGCAGUGGAACAUUCCAGCUGUACUGUUCGUAUUUUCUGAAGCCCUAAUCAAGAUGUUCGCCAGCCUGAAGAUUCCUGAUUGGGCACUGAAAUCCAAGAAUUUCCGAGGCUUUGACCAUGCUUACACAGCACAGGCAUUUGGGUGAUUGGCAAGUGCCCCGUUGGGUUGGUGGCGACUGUAUGCCUUUCUGAAGUUUAGCCUUUUCCUUUUAAAAGUGGCCUACUGGACUUGCAGGUUUCUCUGUCAUGAUUCCAUCUUGUGCAUGUAAAUAACAAUUCCUCGGUCCUUCACCAUUGAGGACGAUGGAUGCUCUAUGAAGCUGUGUGGUAGCUGACAUUCUGUGCCAUCAGCACACUGGCACCUACCUCUUUGGGAAAGGUGACCAUGGAGGAAGAAGAUGAGUCUCGAGGGAAGACGGAGGAGUCAGGCGAGGAUCGUGGUGGUGAUGGCCCACCUGACAGAGACCCUACACUUUCUCCUUCUGCCUUUAUCCUGCGAGCCAUUCAGCAGGCUGUGCGAAGCUCCCUCCAGGGGGAUCUGCCAAGUGAUAAAGAUGGCUCGCGGUGUCACGGCCUUCCGUGGAGGCGCUGCCGGAGUCCACGGUCAGAAUCCCGGCCUCAGGAGUCAGGGGGCACGGACACGGCCACUGUGUUGGACAUGGCCACAGACAGUUUCCUUGCGGGACUGGUGAGCAUCCUAGACCCCCCAGAUACCUGGGUUCCCAGCCGCCUGGACCUGCGGCCUGGCGAAAGCGAAGAUAUGCUGGAGCUGGUGGCUGAGGUCCGAAUUGGGGACAGAGACCCCAUCCCUCUCCCUGUGCCCAGCCUGCUGCCCCGUCUCAGGGCCUGGAGGACAGGCAAAACGGUUUCUCCACAGUCCCACUCUUCUCCACCCACCUGUGCCCACCACCUCCUAACCUUGGGCACUGGGGAUGGGGGCCCCGCCCCCCCGCCUGCCCCCUCCUCUGCCUCCUCCUCUCCUUCUCCUUCCCCUUCCUCAUCUUCCCCCUCUCCUCCUCCUCCCCCUCCUCCCCCUGCGCCCCCAGCCCCGCCUGCCCCCCGAUUUGACAUCUAUGACCCUUUCCACCCCACCGAUGAGGCCUACUCCCCACCGCCGGCUCCUGAGCAAAAGUAUGACCCCUUUGAGCCUACCGGCUCCAACCCCAGUUCGUCCGCGGGGACCCCUUCACCGGAGGAAGAGGAGGAGGAAGAGGAGGAGGAGGAGGAAGAGGAGGAGGAGGAGGAAGAGGAAGGUCUGUCGCAGAGCAUCAGCCGCAUCUCAGAGACCCUGGCUGGCAUCUACGAUGACAACAGUCUGAGCCAGGACUUCCCAGGUGACGAGAGCCCCCGCCCCGACCCCCCGCCUCCGGCCACGGGGCCCGGGACUCCGCCCCAGGCGGACUCCACCCGCGCGGAGGGAGCCACGCGGAGGCGCGUCUUCGUGGUGGGCGCCGAGGCCGAGGCGUGCCGGGAAGGCAAGGUCUCCGUGGAGGUGGUGACGGCUGGGGCCGCGCUGCCUCAGGCCCUGCUGCCCCCCGCGGACUCGGAGAUCGAGGAGGGGGAGAUCGUGCAGCCCGAGGAGGAGCCCAGGCUGGCGCUGCCCCUGUUCCGCGGCGGGCGGCCGGCCCGGCCUCCUCCGGCUCCCGCGGCCACGGCCGCGCCCGCCCCGCCGCCGCCUCCGCCUGCUGCCGCUGCCGCCGCCGCUGCUGCCGCCGCCCGAGCCCCGGAGGGCGACGACUUCCUGUCCCUGCACGCUGAGUCGGACGGCGAGGGCGCCCUGCAGGUGGACUUGGGGGAGCCGGCGCCUGCGCCCCCUGCCGCCGACGCCCGCUGGGGCGGCCUGGACCUACGCCGCAAGAUCCUGACCCAGCGGCGGGAGCGCUACCGCCAGCGCUCGCCGUCCCCGGCCGCCGCCCCUGCGCCCGCGCCCGGCGCCGGCCCGCCUGCCCGCAAGAAGUCCCGGCGUGAGCGCAAGCGCAGCAGCGAGGCCAAGGAGGCCGCCCCGGGCCCCGGCGCCCCGCCGGCCCCGCCGGCCCCCGCCUCGCCCUGGGACAGCAAGAAGCGCCGCUCCCGCGACCGCAAGCCCAGCUCUCACGCCGCCGCCUCCGCCCGCCGCCGCUCCCGCUCCCGCUCCCGCUCGCGCUCCGCCCGCCGCCGCUCGCGCAGCUCCGAUCGCCGGCGCGGGGGCCGCCGCUCGCGGUCCCGGGAGAAGCGGCGCCGGCGGCGGCGCUCAGCGUCCCCGCCGCCGGCCACCUCGUCGUCGUCAUCCUCGCGCCGGGAGCGGCACCGGGGCAAGCACCGUGAUGGCGGCGGCAAGAAGAAGAAGAAGCGCUCGCGCUCCCGGGGCGAGAAGCGGGCGGCCGACGGGGGCGAGAAAGCGGCGGGAGGCGGCGGGCCGGCGGCGAGCUCGGCCGAGCGCGAGGGCCGCCGCCGCGGGGCCGUGCCGCCCUCCAUCCAGGACCUCACGGACCACGACCUCUUCGCCAUCAAGCGGACCAUCACGGUGGGCCGGCCGGACAAGCCCUCGCCGCGCGGGCCCUCGCCGGGCCCCGCCGCGUCGCCGCGGCGCGAGGUGCUGUACGACUCGGAGGGCCUGAGCGCCGACGAGCGGGGCAAGGGCGGCGACAAGGAGCGGCGCCGCGCAGGGCCCGCCGCCGCCGCGUCCUCGUCCUCCUCCUCGCGGGACAAGGGCUCGCGCCGCAAGGGCCCGGACGCGGCUGAGCGCGAGCGGGAGCGCGACCGCGACCGGCCGUCCAAGAAGGCGCGGCCCAAGGAGGCGGCGGCACCGCCCGCCGGGCCCCCGAAGUCGGCGGCCAGCAGCGGUUCGGGCUCAUCUUCGUCCUCGUCGUCCUGCUCGUCGCGGAAGGUGAAGCUGCAGUCCAAGGUGGCCGUGCUGAUCCGCGAGGGCGUCAGCAGCACCACCCCGGCCAAAGACACCGCCGGCCCCGGCUCCAUCGCCGUCAAGUUCAGCCGCGACCGCGAGAGCCGCUCGCCCUUCCUCAAGGCCGACGAGCGGGCGCCCGCCGACGCCGCCAAGGCCGCCGCGGGCAGCGCCAAGCCCAAAAAGACCAAGGCCAAGGCCAAGGCCGGGGCCAAGAAAGCCAAGGGGACCAAGGCGAAGACCAAGCCGUCCAAGACGCGGAAGAAGGCCCGCAGCGGAGGCAGCGGCGCGGCCGGCGGCCCCGGAGCCCUGAAGAAGUCUAAGGCGGACAGCUGCAGCCAGCCCGCCGGCCCCAAGGGCGCCGAGGAGACGUCCUGGUCCGGGGAGGAGCGCGCGGCCAAGGCCCCCAGCACCCCGCCGCCCAAGGCCGCGCCCCCGCCGCCCGCGCUCACCCCGGACUCCCAGACUGUGGACAGCAGCUGUAAGACCCCCGAGGUCUCCUUCCUGCCCGAGGAAGCUGCGGAGGAGGCUGGGGGCCGGGGUGGGGAGGAGGAGGAGGAGGAAGAAGAAGAAGAGGAAGAGGAGGAGGAAGAGGAGCAGCAGCCUGCCACCACCACAGCCACCAGCACAGCCGCGGCUGCCCCCAGUACUGCCCCCAGCGCGGGGUCCACAGCCGGAGACUCGGGGGCGGAGGACGGGCCAGCCGCCCGCGUCUCCCAGCUGCCCACGCUGCCCCCACCCAUGCCCUGGAACCUGCCGGCUGGUGUGGACUGCACGACCAGUGGUGUCCUGGCCUUGACUGCACUUCUCUUCAAGAUGGAAGAAGCCAACCUGGCGAGUCGAGCAAAGGCUCAGGAGCUGAUCCAGGCCACCAACCAGAUCCUCAGCCACCGGAAGCCCCCCUCCAGUCUAGGGGUGACCCCAGCUCCUGUACCCACCUCUCUGGGUCUGCCCCCUGGCCCCUCCAGCUACUUGCUUCCUGGCAGCCUCCCCCUGGGGGGCUGCGGCUCCACCCCUCCCACUCCCACUGGGCUGGCAGCUGCGUCUGACAAGAGGGAAGGCAGCAGCAGCUCGGAGGGACGUGGGGACACAGACAAGUAUCUGAAGAAGCUGCACACCCAGGAGCGUGCGGUGGAGGAGGUGAAGCUGGCUAUCAAGCCGUACUACCAGAAGAAAGACAUCACCAAGGAGGAAUACAAGGACAUUCUGCGGAAGGCAGUGCACAAGAUCUGCCACAGCAAAAGUGGGGAGAUCAAUCCGGUGAAGGUGAGCAACCUGGUGCGGGCCUACGUCCAGCGUUACCGCUACUUCCGCAAACACGGGCGCAAGCCGGGGGAUCCCCCAGGACCCCCCCGGCCAUCCAAGGAGCCAGGACCCCCUGACAAGGGUGGCCCAGGCCUGCCCCUGCCCCCUCUGUGAGCCCCCAUCUGUCCCUCCUGCCCCUUGCCUCUUUGAGAUUCUGGACAUAUUUAUGGCUCCACCUCCCCACUCCCCUCCCCCGUCAGUGGGAUGACUGGGGGAGGGUUGCUGCAGGGAAGAGGAGAGCCCCCUGCUCCGCCCAGCCCCCUACCCACCUCCUCCGUGCCCAUGCCGGCCCCAUUGCCCCUUCCUUGUUCGUGCCCAGUUCCCAGUUUCAUUAAAGAUUUCAUGAAAUGUA